AUUCGAACCAGCGAGGUUUCUCCACAUGCGUGGUACUUUGUUUCCGGUAUGAGAUCAGCGACCCAUGCAAUGAAACACAUCCCCUGACGUAAGCAGAGGGGCGCGGAGGCUUCCGACCUGAGGUGGGCCAUUGGCGCUCCUCAAAAGCCGGAAGCUAGCUGUAGCCAUAGCUUUGCCCCAUUUCCCCAUGAUGAUGUCCUCAAUUCCUUUACAACUUGCUGAAGAUUAUGACGAUGAUGCUUUAUUUGAUCAACUUGGUAUUUCCGCUAAGGACAGAGCCGUCCGCCGACGAAGUUCUAGAGCUUGCGACUCGUGUAGGAAGAUCAAGAGUCGUUGUGAGCCCCCUUCGGCGUCGGGCGAGCCAUGCAAAAGUUGCGCGCUACUCGGGCUGGCUUUUCGUCGACUAUCCUUUCGUGCCAUGGUGUGUCCCCCUACUCAACCGCCACCCGUUAGAGGUCCUCCAAAGGGCUAUAUCGACGCUAUCGAGACGCGAUUACACCAACUGGAAGCUAUCCUUGGGACUUUCAUAUCCACCUCCGACCCUCGUGCACAAGGUCUCAUUGCCAACCUUCGGCAAGAUGGUCUUGCGUCGGCCGUCAUUGACAGGGUGGACAGUUCGCCUUUCGGUACUAAGGCCAGAAUUUCCGUUGCAGCUCAAGGGUCCUUCUCUGCUGAUAAGAGUAAGGCCCAAAGAGCCCAGGGACCUCGGAAGGCCCAACCUGCCGGGUCAAAGGUUGCUGUCACGCAAUCCGAUGACCCCAACGAAGUGGAUCCUUAUGACUGGCAGAAUCGCCUUGAACGCUUAAUGCAAUUGGGGGCUGGUGCAAGUUCCCCUUCUUCCUCGUAUCCUCUGCUUAGUGAAAGUGUCGCAAAUGACACAUUGCCCAAUUGGACUCCGACAGGGCCCAGCAACCAGCGGCGUCGUAUUGGUGACCCCAGCGCGCCCCUCAAUGCCAGCACGUCGGACUCAGGUGGCAUAAAUAAUAGUCAAACUAAUACCUGGUCUCCUCCAUCAGCUCAUUCUGCUUCAUCUCCCCUCUCGGAGGCCGCUAUACUACCUUCUGAUAGACAUCAAUCUCACGGGGAUAGCGAAGGGACGGGUGACGAUGAGUCGGAUGAGCUUUCCCAAAUGGGUCAAUUGUCCAUCGACGACCACUCUGACGUUCGGUACCAUGGCCGAACCUCUGGAUUACAUCUCCUCGCCAAUGCAUCUGCGUCUGCUGCGGCUAAGGUUACGAUAUCAGGGAGGCGUGAUCAACUGUUUCACCCAUUAUCUCAAUCCCAAUCUGGAGAUGGCACGUCGGACAAUAAUUCUCACACCAAGAAGACUACGGAAGAUACGCCCGGGAUAUUUGUACCCAGUACAGGCCAGAAAGGUGGGAUUUGGUACUUCCCUCGUUCAGGCGUUUGGCCGGCCGUCGAUCCAAGUAAAGACCACCGCGCGACAACGCAAUCACAAUCUUCUGGAAGCCGAGAGGUUUCAUACUCACCAAGAGGCUACACUACCGGCGCGCCAUUGAAGGAAGAUAGUCCUUCCUCAGAUCAGUACAGCGCAAGGGGUUCAUCUAUCACAGAUGGUUCGUCUCUACCGGGGAAGCUCAAGCACACAGUGUCCCCGGCGGUCACGUGGAUAGGGCCCUCACAGCCUGAUCCUGAAGGGGAUCUUGCGGAGCGCGAUCCCAUUCUUGUGCAACAACGCCUGGCCAGCAUACCUACUUUCAUCGAGGAAAGGGAUCUUGAUUUGGUUGUCGUGAAGGUCUCUUUGCCACCAAGGGAUGAGCUUGACGAAUUAAUGGCACUCUAUUGGAGACACGUUCACCCGGUGUUGCCGGUUGUACACAAGGCCCACUUCCAAAGGUCGUAUCGAGCAGCUUUCGACGGGACGGGAGAUGAUUAUUCCCAGGAGAAUAGCCAGUCAUCUGAGCCUGCUCCAAAGCCAAUAUCUCUUACACUGCUAUAUGCAAUGAUGGCCUCUGCAUCAAGAUAUACAAACGACGACAAAGAAAGCGUACCAAAGAUGUCGCUGUGGUCAGCUGGGCUAGAAUAUGCUGAUAAAGUUCGGCAGCUUAUAUAUUGGGGAAAAAUCCCAAGUCGUUUGUCUACUAUCCAAGCCCUUGUCCUUGUCGGGUAUCUUGACGUCGGUGUUGGUGCCAUGGCUGUGGCCUGGCAGACAGCUGGCCUCGCUGUUCGCACUGCUCAAGACAUUGGAUUGAACCGCUCAGUUGACAAAUGGGUUUCCCACGCGGGUACUAGCGUUUAUUCUGAUGAAGAAAAGGAGGCGUGUCGGAGAAUCUGGUACAGCCUCAUGCUUAUCGACAUCUAUAUCUCUACCUAUAUUGGUCGGCCAUGCUCAAUAUUGCGCACAGACUACGACACCCAUCUCCCACAGGAUCUAGCCGAGGACGCCCUGAUAUGGGAGCAUCUUACUGACGAAUCAAUUACUUCAUCGUCCAACACAUCGUAUGUGGCAGGACCCUGCCACAUCAUCCUAUGUUUCCGACACAGAGCCACUCUCUCGUGCAUCAUGGCGGAUAUUAUUCAUAAAGUGUACGCCAUUCGGCCUGCCAGCAAUCGGACUACUGAGGCGACAAAUCUGGAAAUACAACUGGACAAGUGGUACUAUGAUCUCCCUGAACCUCUUCGAUAUGUCUGUCCAAAAUCAGACCGCAUUCCAGCGCCUCACAUCGUGACACUUCACAUGGAUUAUUGGUGCACGGUCUUACUUUUGCACCGGCCCUUCAUACGAGUCAAGGCACAGAAGCUAAAUGUUAUAAAGUCUGAAGCAGAGGACGUUGCUCCAAGUCCGUCGGCAGUGCGUUACGCACAAAAGGCGUACAGUUUGUGCGAAAAAGCAGCCAAUAUGCUGGUUGCAAUUGUUUCCGCAUAUGCCGAUAAUUUCUCAAUGGAGUACUGUCCAGCGUUCAUUACUUUCUUCUUAUUUACUGCAAGUAUUAUGCAUGUCACUAUUUUGUUUGAUUCUCCAGGAGAUGUGCAGUCCACUCAAGCGCUGAAGAAAGCUAUGGAAAUUCUGGAGCAGAUGUCAAUUGUCUGGCCGAGUGCUGGUCGGGCCUGGGACGUUUUAAACAAGUCUAGGGCUAAUAUUCACGAGGCCGAACUUACCUCGUGUCAAGAUACUCCAGAAAGACACAAGCGAGCUGCAGAGGACGAUCUCGAAGUUUCGCAAUUCCACACGGCGAACGAAGACCACCUUGAAGCGAGGCCUAAUUGGGCUGGGGCAGGCCAGGACUUCGUGCAACCUUCAUACCCUGCCAGCGCGAAAUUUUUUCCUGUUACGUCUACGGCUGCGCCUAUUCAUCCAGCAUUUUUAGAUGGAGCCCCCGAUCCAGCACAGCAACAAGAUAAACCUCUCUUUUCACAUCCCCCGCAAGCUGUUCCUCAAUCACUUCCCGACUCGGGUCAAUCCAUUUCUGGAUUUGAGAAUUUCACCAGCAGUUCCAUUAACUCUCAGUUAAUCCCCAACCAAUGGGCAAACACUCGUGAUCAGGUGCCCGAAGCCCGUCCUCCUAUUUCUUCAUUGCCUCAACAGCCACUCCAGCACCUCCCUCAACAACACCUUCAACAUCAAACAACUUCCUAUGAAUACGAUUCUCGAUAUCUUCCUCCACCCCACCCUAGUUAUGCGGAAUCCGCAUUGGUCAAUCCUUUGUCGAAUCGCACUUUCACCGAACAGCCCUUCUGGACCGAAUUCGCCGCCAAUGAUCCAUUUGGUGACCCUUCGUCACUCUCCGCAUCGCUUUAUAGCUUGCCUCUUGUUCUUGACAACGGAAGAAACCCCCGUGGACCGGAGCCCGUACCUACUCCGUUAAACGCUCCAUCCAUGUUCCAGAUGUUCGACCGACAAGGUGUUCCUUCAAUCGAUCGCUUUGGCUACCCCUCAUGAACGUGUGUCGGUGAUAGCUUCUCGGAUCACAGGGAAUGUUCCGGCUUCUAUCCGUCUCAUUCAGGACUAGCUUUCUGGCGUCGUAUCUGUUUAAAUCUGAUAAGUUGUACCUAUUCUUGUAUUUGAGAUCUAAUUUACAGAUAUGACAACUCAAAGCUGUAUCUAUAACCUACUACAUAUCUCUAAUUUCCUUCAUGUUAUGCACUCGAUGACAAAUUGCAGGAGGACCGCCCUACGCGGAGAUCAAAGCUUCCA